UCCAGGUUGGAGGAUACACGAUGGUUACUGUUAUCAAUUGGUAUCCUCUUCACCUACUACAUGGGAUGAUGCUAAAGAUAAGUGUGAAGCACAGGGAAGCACAUUGCUCACUAUCAAAAAUGAAAAAGAGCAAGAAUUCAUCAAUGAACAGCUUCCUGUCCUGUGGCAAAAUGGAAUCCCAAGUAUCUGGCUUGGCAUCUCUGACACGUUGAAAGACGGAGAAAUGAAAUGGACAGACGGUACAGCUUACGACGAUUCAGCUUAUCAGAACUGGCCUGCUGGUAACAAACCAGCUAACAGAGAAGGCGAACAACAAUGUGGAUCUAUUUAUACCGGUUCUUCAGUUGGGCAAUGGGACUAUGGUGAUUGUUUUAAUCUCUUUGACUACACCUGUAAGAUUCGAGAAGGAGCACCUAUUACCCCAGUUGAUCCUGAUCGACCAACGGGCUACUGUCCAACUGAGUGGUAUAUCUACAAUGACCAUUGCUACUUUAUGGAUGAAACGGGUGUAACUUAUACUGAGGCACAACAAAACUGUAAUGAUAAGGGAGGCAAACUGGCAAGCAUCCAUACGACAGAAGAAAUGUCAUUCAUAGAAUUACAUCUUCAAGCAAAUGACUACUAUGUUGGACUUGAAAGAAAAGGUACUGGAAUAAACGAUUUUCAAUGGACUGACGGAACUCAGUUUGAUUACCACAACUGGGACAUUGGCGAACCAAAUAACGCCGGUAGCAACGAAGAUUGUGUUCAUGUACGAGGGCCAUAUACCACCCCAUCAGGAGUGUGGAAUGACAUUUCAUGUAAUCGGAAAUAUGCUUCUAUUUGCAAGAAAAAAGCAGAUGAGUCGACCCCGCCUCCUCCCACAAAUCCACCUGAUGUUGGAUGCUAUGAACCAUUUCAGCAAUAUAAAGGAAAUGCAAUAGUGACUGUAGAUGGAAACCUAUGUUAUAAUUGGAAAGAUGCGAACCGAGAGUACAAUCCAAUAGACUACCCCGAUAAAGAUUUAACGGAGAACUACUGUCGGAAUCCCAACAAUGCUGCCAAGCCUUGGUGUUAUAUUGAGUUUGGCUUCCAGGAUUGUGAUGUACCUCAAUGCAAUGCUCCUGUUGACUGUUACGAAGGUGAUGGGUACGUGUACCGAGGAAAGUAUGACAAGACAGAAAACGGUAGUACCUGUCUUCCUUGGGCUUCCCUUGACGAUUCGGCUUACUUCAACCCUCGUUCCUUUCCAGAAGAAGGUCUGGAGGGUAAUUACUGUCGAAACCCAGCUGGAUCCGGAAACGGUCCAUGGUGUUACUAUAACAAGAAAGCCGAAGGAUACGCAUACUCCUAUUGUGGAAUCCCAAAGUGCGAUACUACCGGUUGCUACGAGGGAAACGGCGCCAACUAUAGAGGAUCAGCGAAUGAAGGAGAGAAUGGACAGACGUGUGUAAAGUGGGAAGAAGCGACAAAUCAGCCAUAUAACCCUACCACGUAUCCUAAUGCUGGUUUGGAUCAUAAUUACUGUCGCAAUCCAAGCCAGGAUGACGAGCCAUGGUGUUACGUAAGAGACGAUAGCCAAGGCCUUGUACAGGAACCAUGCAUUGUCCCACAUUGCACCACUGAAGUUGGAUGCUAUGUCGGGAAAGGGAUGUCGUAUCGCGGACAUGCAAAUUACAUUUCUCUAGGACGAACCUGUUCUGACUGGGUCAACUCCAUUGACGAAUUUUACCCAGUGCCAUUGAGUGAAUUCACGAUGCAGCCGCACAAAUCCAUCCUUCCAGUAGCACCAAGUAUCAGCGAUAUCAGCCUCUCUGAGUGUGCCCAUGAGUGUCUUCAUCGAGCUGAUUUCUUCUGCAAAUCGUUCAAUUACCACGUGGCGAGUGGCGGGAGUGACCGAUCUCGUUGUCUCUUGAGCGCCAAGGACAGUAAAGAUGUGGAAUUAGGCUAUGACCCAGAACAAGACUAUUAUGAGAGAAACCAAACAUAUGGGCUGGAGGAGAAUUAUUGCCGAAAUCCAAAUGGAGCGAUGGGUCCAUGGUGUUACUUUUGGGAUCCGAUUCACAACCAAACAGACUGGUCUUAUUGUUCAGUGCCAGAAUGCAAUCCUGAAGAUGUGGGAUGCUACGAUCCAAGGGUCCGAGGCACUACUUACCGCGGUCCAGCUCGCACCACAGCAUCUGGUCAUAUCUGUGUGGAAUGGAAGGACACUUUUUGGACUCCUGAUCGCUAUCCGAAUGCAGGUUUGGAUGAGAAUUACUGCCGUAAUCCUUCUAUAUUCAUCGAGGAUGCUCCAUUCUGUAUGUAUCAAGCGGCUCACAGUGAACAGGGGUACAUGAGAGAGUUGUGUGACAUCCCUCAGUGUAAUGUACAAGAAGCGUGUGGGGGCGACGGAUGGAGAGCUGACCCAUCUGAGGAAUGGUGUUAUAAGAUAGAAGAGGAUUCCAUGCUAAGUUUCGACGAAGCACAACAAGCGUGUGAGGAUGAAGAUGCCAAUCUCCUCAGUAUCUUAUCCGAGGCAGAAUCGAAUCUUAUAGUCGGCAUGAUCUCAUUAUCACCGGUAGAAGGUUUCUGGAUAGGAGCGAACGAUAUAUUUCAGGAGGCAGGCUGGGAAUGGACAGAUGGAAGUCCUUUCUCUUACUUAAAUUGGCAAACAGGUCAACCAGAUAACCUUCAGGGGAUUGAAGAAUGUGUGUAUAUGGCAAGAGGAAACGGAAUGUGGUCCGAUGAAAAGUGUGAUCUUACGUUUCCUUACAUCUGCAAGAAAAGAAGCAAGAAUACCAUUGGCUCUUCUGUCGCACCAACAACCCUCGCCCCCGGAUCUUUGUGUCCAACGGAUUGGGAAGGCUACGGCUCUCAUUGUUACUUGGUACAGCGAGACUUUGUGUCAUGGAGUAAGGCUAGAUCCAGUUGUGACUUGCUGGAUGCUAAACUUGUUACCAUACAUAGCGAAGGCGAAAUGACGCACAUCGCCGGUCUGCUUUCAAGAGAGAGUCGUCAGUACUAUUUCUUUGGCGCCAACGACAUUCAGAAACACGGUACCUGGACUUACGGGAACGGAACCAAUGACUCACCGCUUUCUUACCUCAACUGGGCCGACGGGCAACCAGAUGAUGUUGGAGGCUCUGGCGAAGACUGUGUUAGUAUGCAAUACGCCUACAACUGGUUAUGGAAUGAUGAGGUAUGUGAAAAGAAGUUCCAAGUGGUUUGUGAAAACGAGAACAACGAUGGUGAUGGCCGUUUAGGACGAUACACAGCUCAUUAUGAGAGCAUGACCUACGCUGAAGCACAAGCUCACUGCGUCAAGUAUGAUGGUUCUAUGGCAACAAUACAAAAUGAUAAGGAUCAGAAGGACAUGGUCGAGCUCCUCAACUCCAUCUAUGAUCCUUUCAAAUCUGAUAUCUUCUGGCUUGGUGUAAAUGAUAUCAAUCGUGAGGACCAUUGGGUAACAGGAGGUGACCCCGAUAGUUCAACCACUCAGACAUUCUUUAAAUGGCGUCAAGGUGAACCCAAUAAUUACCAGACUCCUGGAGAGCACUGUGGUCUCAUGGCACCUGUUGAUGAGUCCGAUCCUGAUAACUACAAGUUUGAAUGGUAUGACUGGUCAUGUGGAAACGAUGAGAGGUUCAUAUGCGAGGACAUCGAUCCGAAUAGUAACUACUGGGGAUCGGGGGGCCAUCGCUACUCCGUUGUGAACGAGGCAAUGACAUGGUCUGAGGCAAGUUCCUACUGCAAGUCAAAAGGUGGUCGCCUAGCACAAGUUAGGACUUCAUCCGACCAGCUCUACUCCAUUAAUAGGAUGUUGUCUGCUAACAGAGAAAAACUUCUGUCGAGUAAAGGGGCUUGGAUAGGACUAAAUGAUCUUUCCCAUCAGAUGACCUUUGAAUGGGCAGAUGGGUCCGAUGUUACUUAUACAAACUGGAAUGUAGGAGAACCUGAUGACUUUACCGACUCUCAAGAUUGUGUCUUCGCAUAUUCACAGAGUGGGAAAGACAGCACAGGACGGCAAUACUACGCGGGGAAAUGGGCCGAUUAUGACUGCAAAUCAGAAGACUUUGGCUAUGUCUGUCAAAAGGAGAAGGGACAUUUCAACCCUUCAGAGAUCCCUCCACCUGAAUAUGAUUGCCCUAUGGGUUGGAUUGGAAGCGAUGUCUAUUGUUACAAACUCCUGGAAGGCCAGAUGACAUGGGACGAAGCUCAUGAGACCUGUCGACAGGAUACAGAUCAUGGCAAACCCACCAAUUCCACUCUAGCCUACAUUCCAGAUUACGAGGAGCAAACUGUACUGGCUGAAGCUUUACAGGAAACUUCCGGUUUGUACUGGAUCGGACUGCAUGGGACCGUUACAAAGGGAACGAUGUAUGAAUGGGUGACUGGACAACCCGUGACUUACACAGCGUGGGACGAAGCCCAACCAGGAAGUGACCAGCACCCAUGUGUGGCCAUGUCUGCCGGUGCUGGGGAGACUCGAGCUGGACAGUGGGACGACCAGGAUUGCGGAAGUAGAUACUCGGCGAUAUGUCAGAAGCCAAGAAGUAACGGGUUACAGCCAGAUAUUCCCGUUACCCCAUCGCCUACAGGAUCAUGUCCAGGGGGCUGGGAAGCCUUUGGAAGCUAUUGUUACCUGGUGGUUCGGGAAACAAAUGAGACGAUGCGCAGAGGUCUAAGCGACGCUUCUUACGACUGUUACCUCAGAACUUUAGGUCAAGGCACAAGUCUUGGUAGUUUCCAUAGUUGGGAGGAAGAAGAAUUCGUCGCGGGAUUAGUCAAAGACUUAGAACCGAGUGUUGAUCCUGAAGAGGGGUUCUGGUUAGGAAUGUCAUUGUCACCCACAUACAGUUAUUUUUGGUGGUACGAUGGCAGUCCGGUGCAGUAUGUUCACUGGGGUCUUAAUAUGCCUGAAGAUAGACCUCAAAACACUUACGUUGGGCUAGUAGCAUACCCUGCAUCUAACGGAAAGGGAUGGGAAUUCAUCGAUUCAGAUUCCAAGCGAAAUUCGAUAUGCAAAGCACCCAAAGAUACAUACGUGAUGACGACGUUACCAGAUGUUUCACCUGGCCUGUCGCCUAAGUGUGGUGAUGAUUGGCACAACUGGACCUACAACGCAAACUUGGAUACCUGUUAUAGAUUCAUGGGUCUAACUGAACAAAAUAGGGCCAUUUGGAAGGAUGCUGACGCGGGUUGCCAGGGUCAGAAAGCUACAUUGGUCUCUAUACAUAGCCCGGAGGAGAACAAGUUCGUGCAGGAAUUGGUAAAUAGAAAUUUCUUUGAUGCUGCCUGGACCGGUUUGAACAGUCACACAACAAGCGGAGGAGGUUUUAUAUGGGCAGACGGUUCUCCUGCUGAUUACUUCCAAUGGGAUGAACACGAGCCGGGAGAUGAAGUCAAAAUGUGUGUCAAACUUAACGCAGAAACGGGUGGCUGGAGACUUGAAGAAUGUGAUACUCAGAUGGCGUACGUCUGUAAGCGAGACCCAGGAGGGCAUGCUUACACCCCCGCUCCAACACAGCAAGGUGAAGGGUUCUGUCCAAAGAAUUGGUUCACCUGGGGCAAUAAAUGCUUCCAGUUCAUCGAUUAUUGGGAGACGUGGACCAACCACAGGAAUAUCUGUCAGGGCCUUGGCGGAGACUUGGCCAGUAUUCGAGAUAGUAGUGAGCAGGCUUACAUCGUAACCCUGUUGGAGAAUGAACCUUACCCGGUCUGGAUAGGAUUAAACGACCGAGAGAGUGAGGGUCUUUUCACAUGGUCUGAUGGUACACCAGUCAUCUACACAAACUGGGAUAGGAAUGAACCAAAUGACAAUGGCCACAGUGAAGAUUGUAUCGUCAUGUUUGGAUCAAAUAGCGGAAACGAUCCUGGGGUUUGGAAUGAUGCCGAGUGUACCCAGAAGUACAAAUCUCUUUGCCAGAUACCUAGAGAUGCGGACGGAACUCCACCUAGUCCAACGCUUUCAUUAUGUGGCUCCUACCAUCAUUAUGGCAACGCUUGCUACAAAAUUCACAACGGAACCUACACGAGGGAACAAGCUAAGAAGAAGUGUGAAUCUGAUGGAUUGGGAUCCACCCUCGCAUCUAUCAACUCCAUCUAUGAGAACAAUGAGAUCAGUUUGAUGCUCAACAAUGCUGGCAUCGAUUCUCCCAUGUACAUUGGCCUCAUUCGGAAAAAUAACACCUAUGGCUGGGAUGACACCUGGCCAGUGGUAUAUACCCGCUGGGCAUCGGGGCAACCUUCCCUAGGUCCUGAUGAAAAGUGUGUGGCAAUCCAACCAAACAAGGGUGCAUGGGACGAUGUGCCGUGUGAUCAAAAGUAUGGCGCCAUCUGCAAGUUUACUCAAGGUGGUGUCCCACCACAGCAGCCCACACUCUCUCCCGAAGAUUGUCCCGAUAGUGACUGGUCUGUCCAUGGAAGCGCCUGCUAUAAAGCCUAUCUUCAAGACGAAUUUGUGGUACCGUGGUCUGCUGCCCGCUACGUCUGCAAGGGAGAUCGAGCAAGUCUUGUCAGUAUCCACAGCACCAGAGAGCGAGACUUUGUGAUCUCCCUUGUCAAGGGUGAUAUUUAUAGUGUAUGGAUCGGGCUCAAUAAUAUCGAUAGCUUCGGUUUCACCUGGGAAGAUGAGACCCCGUAUGAGUUUACCUCCUGGGCACCUGGAGAGCCUAGCGGCACCAAUGGAGACGAGCAGGACGAAGAGUGUACCCAGAUGUAUACCAACGGCGGGCAUGUGGGGCAGUGGAAUGACCUCUACUGUCUAGAAAAAUGGCCAUUUGUCUGCAAGUAUACUACAGGAGGUCCAAUAUACAUGACAACACCACCAAGUGAACCAAAACCAAUAGGGGGUGCCUUGGGCGUUGGCGCUAUCGUAGGUAUAGCAUUCGCGGGUGUAGCCUUUAUUGUCAUCGUUGCCGGACUCGUCGUCAUGUUAAGACGUCAAAAGAGAAUGGUAGCGUAUUUCCGAUCGGUGGCCGGCCUAGAAGUCGCACCCGAGCAGCUUUUUAAUGAAGAUAAUCGAGAAGGUCGAACAGAUUCGUUUGACGACGCUAUGCUCAGUGUUAAUACCUAAAGCAAUAUGUAACUGAAAAUCAUGUAUUCUACCCGUCAUAAGUUCUUUCUUUCUUCUCUUUUGAAAAUGUUCGUUUAACAACUUUGUAUUGUCAAAAACCUUAUAUCUUAUAUCUGAAUGAU